UGAACUUUCUCUCAGUCGGGAGGAGGCCACCCCGCCCACUGCUCAACACCCACCAAGGGAGGGGGGUCUGGCUACUUUCUGGGGUAGAAAAGUGUCGUCCUUGGGGCGGAGUGGGCGACGACGUCGAGUCAAAUGAAGGUGUGAGCGGCGGACGGGCACCAUGACAGGCGACGCGGUGGCGCGCACGGGUCUUGCCUGGAUCAAGCGGCUGGUGGGCCGGGUCACGGUGGGAAGCUCGGCCGGUGGAGGGAGCUUCCAUCCCGGAUCGGCGAGGGAGACAUUGAGCAAACAGCGGGAAUUCCGCGGUUAUUCCUCCCUCGCCGGCAGGCCCAAUAAUGGAGGCGAGGCCCGUCGAACCGGCACCGAGCGGGCCGGGUGGCGCUCGGUGCGCGCCCCCUGCGGGACGCCGACCCGGGACAAGUCGUCUGCGGGGGGGCUGACGGCGGAGGAUGUGGAAAAAGCCAGGAGCGCCAAGAAAAGUCACCUCAAGCCCUACAAGCAAGUGCUCAGUGAGAACGCACGAGAGAGGAAAGUGCCCGUCACUCGGAUUGGACGCCUGAUGAGUUUCGGAGGACUGGCCGUGGGACUCGGCAUCGGUGCCCUUGCCGAAGUGGCCAAGAAGACGUUCAACCCUCAACACAGACAAGGCAUUAAAAAAUCUGUCCUGGACUCCAAUGCCUUCCUGUCCGAAGGCAACGCCGAGAGAAUCGUGCGGACGCUGUGCAAAGUUCGGGGGGCUGCGCUCAAACUAGGACAGAUGCUCAGUAUUCAAGACGGCGCCUUCAUCAACCCUCAGCUGGCCAAAAUCUUCGAGCGGGUUCGACAGAGCGCCGACUUCAUGCCCACCAAACAGAUGAUGAAGGUGAUCAGCGACGACCUGGGCCCGGACUGGCGCAAGCGGCUGGAAUACUUUGAGGAGAAGCCGUUCGCCGCCGCGUCCAUCGGUCAAGUGCACCUGGCCGGGCUGAGAGACGGCAGAGACGUCGCCAUGAAAAUUCAGUAUCCUGGUGUGUCCAAGAGUAUCGACAGCGAUGUGAACAACAUCAUGACGGCUCUGAGUUUAAGCAACGCGCUGCCUGAAGGUCUGUUCCCCGAACAUCUGAUCCAGGUUAUGAGCAGAGAGCUGGCCCUGGAAUGCGAUUACGUCAAAGAGGCCAAAUGUUGUGCAAAGUUCCAAGAGCUACUUAAGGACCACCCGUUCUUCUACGUGCCCGACGUCAUCGACGAGCUGAGCGGCCGCCACGUGCUCACCACCACGCUGGUGCCCGGCUUCCCCCUGGACCGGGCCACCGAACUCCCCCAGGAACUCAGGAACGAGAUUUGUGAGCAAAUCCUUAUUUUGUGCCUGAGGGAGCUUUUCGAGUUCCGCUUCAUGCAGUCUGAUCCCAACUGGUCCAACUUCUUCUACGACCCAGAAAAGCACAAGGUGGCGUUGUUGGAUUUCGGCGCAACCAGGGAAUUUGACAAAAGUUUCACGGACAUCUACAUUGAGGUUAUCAAUGCAGCCGCACAUCAAAACAGAGAAGAGGUCCUGCAGCGAUCCAGAGACAUGAAGUUCCUCACUGGAUUUGAAUCAAAGGCGAUGGAGAACGCCCACGUGGACGCCGUGAUGAUCCUGGGCGAGGCCUUCUCGUCUACGCGGCCGUUCGACUUCGGCACUCAGAGCACCACGGAGCGCAUCCACCGCCUCAUCCCGGUGAUGCUUCGCGAACGCCUCACGCCGCCGCCCGAGGAGACGUACUCGCUGCACCGCAAGAUGGGCGGCUCCUUUCUGGUCUGCUCCAAGCUCAAGGCCCGGGUGGCGUGCAGGGACAUGUUUCUAGACACCUACGCGCGCUACUGGCGGGACGGACGGGCCGCCUGAGGACCUUUUUCGGGCCGUCCUCUUAUUUACAGACGCACAAUUGAUCGCGGCCAAGUGACAACAAACGUGGCCUUGAUGUGGAUUAUUUCACAUACCUAUGCCUCAUUUUUUGACGAGCAAAUGGAAUCCCAGUGCAUGAAUGCUUUAAAUUAAUAAAGUGUCAUGUUUAUUUGUA